GCUUUUUUUUUUUAAAAAAAAAAAAAAAAAAAAACUAAACAAAACGAAUCCAUUUCGUAAGGAGAAGUAAGCUGUCCGACACAUUAUGGCUCACAAAAACAAUGUCGAAAUUGAAAAUGAAAUAAAUCAACAUGAAGAAACACAUCGAUUAAUGACAGAUCAUUAUCCGCAUUAUUAUGGUUCAGUGAUAAGCCCUAUUACGUCUUCCUCCCCUCAAGGGCUACCUUAUGAAGAUAUUUAUUCAGAAGAAAGUAGUGAAGAAUUUAUAUCUUCAGUAAAUUUAGUGAAUAGAAAAAAGAAGCGACUUCAAAAACAUCAUAGAUCAUCUAAACCAAAACUAGUGAAAAAGCUAUCUUAUAUUGUAGGUAGCGCACGUCAGUCUGAAGAGGAAAGUGAAUUGGGAGAUAUCAUAGAUAUGCCUUCAAAUGACCUUAUUAUACCCGAAUUAGAUCCAAAUGCCGAUGAAGUGAAAAAUUACAUAAUUCCUUCUAAGAGUAAUUGGUUAUCUUCAAAGAAGCAUAGAGUAAACCUGAGUAACAUUAGAGAGAAUUAUAGAAAUGCACGUAUUCGUGAAAGGUAGAUAAUAAAAUAUGCAUUUUUUGGAAGAAAGAAAAAGAGAGCGAGGGGGCUUACAUUGGAUAUAAUAGAAAUGGCAGACUACCAUUAACUGGUAU